UAUAAAUUCAUAAUAUUAGUACGACCGGUCCAAAUAGAUACGUUUUCCAAUAACAGACCGAACCUUCGGAGGUUCGAUUUCGAUUCGGUUUUGCCGGGCAUAGCCGCGUAUCUCUUGUAAAUCUCAAUCAUCGUCUUCCGUGAAAGGUGACAGAUAAAGAAUAUGAAGUCGAAGAGAGAAGAAGAGAAGAUUGAGGACGCCGAUGAAGCAAAGAGACAGAAAUUGCUACAUCAAUCUACGGUUUCAUCACCUCCUCAAUCUGCCUUCGAAAAUGCACUCCUUCCUCUUGCUACUUACGAUGAUGAUGAGGAGGAGGAUGAACAAACAUACUUGGAUAAUAUUGUAGAUGAUCCUGUACAGAGUAAGGAAAAUGGUAUUGAACAUCAGGAAGGCGAGGAAGAGGAGGAUGAAGAUGAUGAGGUAGGUGUAGCCCAAGGGCAACGUAGUCGAAUGAUAGAGCUACGCAGAGACUGCCCAUAUCUUGACACUGUCAACCGCCAGGUUUUGGAUUUUGAUUUCGAAAGGUUCUGUUCAGUUUCUCUCUCGAAUUUGAAUGUAUAUGCAUGUCUAGUUUGUGGGAAGUAUUUCCAAGGAAGAGGGCAGAAAUCUCACGCAUACACUCAUAGCCUUGAAGCCGGGCACCAUGUUUAUAUCAAUAUGCAGACAGAGAGAGUUUAUUGUCUCCCUGAUGGAUAUGAAAUAAAUGACCCAUCAUUGGAGGAUAUUCGACAUGUUCUAAAUCCAAGAUUUAGUCAGGAACAAGUUGAUCAGCUUGAUAAAAACAGGCAAUGGUCUAGGGCACUUGAUGGUUCUGAUUACCUUCCCGGAAUGGUUGGACUAAACAACAUCAAAGAGACAGAUUUUGUGAAUGUCACAAUUCAGUCGUUAAUGCGUGUCACUCCGUUGAGGAACUUCUUCCUAAUCCCUGAAAAUUAUGCACACAGCAAAUCUCCUCUUGUGCAGCGCUUUGGGGAGCUUACACGGAAAAUUUGGCAUGCUAGGAACUUCAAAGGACAGGUGAGUCCACAUGAGUUUCUACAGGCGGUUAUGAAAGCAAGUAAAAAACGCUUCAAAAUAGGUUCUCAGUCUGACCCAGUAGAGUUUAUGUCAUGGCUUCUUAACACGCUUCAUGAAAAACUCAAGUCUUCAAAGAAAAAGCAUAGCAUCAUCCAUGAGUGUUUUCAGGGAGAACUGGAGGUUGUGAAAGAAGUCCAUGGGAAGGCUAUUGGCGAGAGGAAUGAGAACGAUGCCCUGAAUAAUGGCACUGGCAGUGAUGGUGCAGCUGGAGGUAAAAAUGUUGUCACCGAGACUAGCAGGAUGCCAUUUUUGAUGUUGGGAUUGGAUUUGCCACCACCACCACUUUUUCAGGAUGUGAUGGAGAAAAAUAUAAUUCCUCAGGUUCCACUUUUUAAUAUUCUGAAGAAGUUCGACGGUGAGUCUGUCACAGAAGUUGUACGACCACGUAUAGCAAGGAUGAGAUACCGUGUGACCAAGUUACCACAGUAUCUGAUACUCCAUAUGCGUCGAUUUACAAGGAAUAAUUUCUUUGUGGAGAAGAAUCCAACUCUGGUUAAUUUUCCUGUUAAAAACUUGGAGCUGAAGGAUUACAUCCCACUUCCAGCCCCAAAAGGAAAGGAGAAGGUUAGGUCUAAGUAUGACUUAAUUGCCAAUAUUGUACAUGACGGGAAACCAGGUGAAGGAUCCUAUAGAGUGUUUGUACAGCGGAAGUCAGAAGAAUUAUGGUACGAGAUGCAAGAUCUACAUGUUUCUGAGACUCUUCCUCAGAUGGUUGCACUUUCGGAGACGUAUAUGCAGAUUUAUGAGCAGCAACAGCACUGAGUUCUAUAAUCUUAUUGCCGAAAGGACUAGUUUCUUUUUAGCCAAGGAGACCGGAGAAGCGAGGAUAUAUAAGUGUCUCAAUUAAGGUGGCUGACAUUGUGGCUUGAACAAGAUAAAGAAAUAUGAAACCGCUGACAUUGUGGCUUGAACAAGAUAAAGAAAUAUUGGAUUGCUGAAUAGUGUUUCUUAACGUGAAGAUGCAUUCUAGCGUUAUUUUUGUUCUUGAACCGAGAAAGUUUGCCAGAAAUGUAUCUCUUGACUGCUAGAAUUUCCAUUUUGAAUUUGAUACUUAAACAUACCCUGUGUAUUAGUAAUGUAUCCACUGACGACCAGAUAUAAAUUUGUCGCUGCCCUUGGUUAUCUGUGUCUGAUCUGCAAGGGAGCACUCGUUUAGGCCGAAGGAAGUUUGGUGUUGGAUACUUUUCCUUGGUUAAUUGGAACAACUUCAUGGAGAUUGUUUUACA